AUGUGGCAACGAAAUGGGCCAAAAUUCACAGACUCGAAAAAUAAGGCAAUUGCAAAAGCCUUACAUUCGAGCCAUUUAAUUCUGUCAAAAAGUUUCAAAGUUCGACCUGGUAUGCGAAAGCAUAAUCUGUAUACAGCGCUAAGGUGCGUCGUGCACCCGGCAAAGCUGGAUAUGAUGGAAAUUGUUGCGCUUGAGCGGUGUCUACUUGAUUGUGGUGCGACAAUUCUAGAAGGCUCGAAUGCCGCGAGCGGCAAUGCUGUGACGCACAUCAUUUGCCAUCCAGAAGCCUACGAGAGCUUUGUUAAACAACGCAAUGAGCGCUUUGUGGCGCUGGUUCGACCAGAAUGGGUCUUUCGAACGUUUUUGCUUCAAAGUCUACUUCCCGAGGACCGAUUUAGCGCCAACCCGGCACUCAUCUUUUCGACUCUAGCGAUUUCGGCAGGCACUAUCGGAAAAGACGCUCGAAAAGUUAUCGAUGGUCUCAUCACGCAUUUUGGAGGGCAAAUUGUUGCUCAGCAAGAAGUGCAUGGUGGAGCUACCCACAUAUUGCAUCAGGAGGAAAAUGUUUUAGACUCUAUUGCUGUGGCAGAGCCGGAAGUAGAGGAAUUUCAGAAAAAGUUGCAACUCCACUUUUUAAAAGCUAACCUUGGCCGAUGUUUUGAAGCGUGGAGGUUGCAUCUGUCAAAUACACCAGCAAAAUCAGAUUACGCACUUCCUCGUUGUGUUCUCGCCUACAUUGGGCAACGUGCGGGCUUAGACAAGCAGCACCACAUCAAGUACACGUGGAUUGAGGAGUGCGUGAUGCGUCGGAGAUGUAUGCCGGAAGAGCCUUUUGCUUUUGGUCCCACCAAAGCUGUCGCAAAUAAUGCAAGUGAGAAAUUGCCGAGCUGGAAGACUCAACCAGAAGUGCAAGUGGAAAAUUUGGAUCUUGGCAAAUAUGCCCUGGUGUAUCAAGUGGGUAGGACAGAAUUGGGUUCUGAUCUCUCGAUGGUCCGCAAGCUGUCCAAUGAGAGGAUGGAGGCAAUGAGAAAGUCACUUCACGGAGCUAUUGUACUCGUUGCCCAGCACAUAGCUCCACUGCUGCGAGAAAAACUGUCCGAUAUGCUAAAGACGGUGGACGCCAAGGUGGCAAUCGUGCCUUUUAGUGAUGCAUAUCAGGAAAUUGUGGUCAAGGUGGUGGCGAAUGCGUCGUUUGUCGUGUGCCGCUAUUGUGGUGGUUUCGAAUACAAUGAGGCCUUGCGCCAAGACAAAAAAGUGGUGAGUAUUUACUGGGUAUUAGCAGGUCUCUCGCAUGUCAGCGACCCAACUCCUUACAACGAGGCGAUUCAGCGUCCAGUUCAGUCAUAUGGAAGUAUUCAUGGAAUGCAAUCUUUUGUUGUGACACUGUCCGGGUACUCGAGCCGAACAAACCCAACGCGAGAAGAACUACAAAUUGCUAUUCACGCUACAGGUGCGUGCAUGCUUCCGGUCCUUUCACGAACGUACUCGACACACCUAUUAUGUCACGAAGCAUCGGGUGAAAAGUACAAGAAGGCGCUCAGCUGGGAAUUUGAAAAUAUUUUAAGUCAUGAGUGGAUAUUCGUAUGCUUGUCGAGGUGGGAAUAUGUGUCUGAAGUUGCUUUUCAUUAUAAACACAAGAAAGAUUUGUCGGACGAUACAGACAGCUGGGCAUCAGAUCACAGUUCGAAGAAGAUGGACAGUAAAAGGCUCACUUCCGAAAAGAAUGCUCUCAACAAGACAAAACAUGCAAUUACACCUAAUUUGAGAAGAAUUAAGAAAGCAAAGAAAAGUGGCGAGGGUCGAUUUGAUGUCAAUGGUAUACUCGAAGAGAUUGAUAAAGUACCCACUCCUUGUGACAAAAAAAGUAUAGCUGAUCAAGAGGCAAAGACUCCAGCGACAGCAUCCAAAUUAUUUGCGACUCCUAAUAAUGCGAAAAUUGCUCCGUGCAGGCUGUUUGAUACACCUACAAACACAUGCCUUUCGCCGAACGUUGAGCAAAGGGCUCAAGAAAACGAUGCGGAAGCAGCAUUUGCAGUUGUGGACGAAAUAGAGAAAGAACCUCCUGUUGCUAUGAGAACUGGUGCAAACACCAUGAAUGAGCCUCCGCUUGUUAUAUGCCUCAGUAGCGAUAGCAACGCUGACGAAUCAGGCAUUUUAAAAGCAGUCACCACUUCUGCAUUAAACAAGAAGCUUGAAGUGUCAAAACAAUCCGUUAGUUGCAAAACAAAAAAACGCAAACUUGCAGACUCGGAAGGAUUGAAGACAUCUAAAACAAGCAAGACAUCAAUGACGAAGCAGAAGAAGGAUUUGGGUGCAGUUAAAAAGUCAUAUGCAGCACCUUUACCUGAUUUAAAACGCGUUUUUUUACUCACUGGCGAUCGAGGCCAAGCAGCAAAUCUUACAUCGAUCAUUACUUCACUGGGUGGAAGCGUUAGUGACUUUGGUCGCAUAUUUGACAGCAGCUGCACCCACAUUAUCUGCAGUGAACUCAAGCGUACAGAGAAGUUUGUCGCUGGGUGUGCGGCUGGCAAGUGGAUACUGAAGCCUUCCUACUUAGAAGCCUGUUCUCUCGCAAAAUCAUUUAUUGAUGAAUCCGCCUACGAAUGGGGAAGCCAUGAAUCGGACAUAGAGAAUGUUGAUACGCGUAUUUGGCCCGAGGCGUGUGCAUACUGGCGUAAGAAGCGCGCCGGCGGACACGCUGGUGCUUUCUAUAGAUGGCGCUUUUUUAUACAUGCAAAGUGCGUACCUCCUCAAGAUAUGUGUGAGCGCAUUAUUCUCGCUGGUAGAGGUGCUGUAAUUCCGCUUACGAAGACUAUCAACUACCAGAGUUUGUCAAAAGAGUCAACACCUGAAGCUCCUGUCGUAGCGCUCUUUUCCCCUGAUGUUACGAUGCGUGACCCCUUGAUGAAGAAACUCAAGACGCACAAAAUCGAAUGUAUCAAAGCUCCUUUCCUUAUCGACUUCAUAACAAAAACGCAAUCUCCACCAGUCAAGCUUGCAGACUUCUACCUAUAG